AUGUCUCCGCUCUGGGACAUGUUCCGCGUGACCGUCUUCGGCUCAGACAACGGCGCCUCACGCACCGACACACCGGCCUUCGACCCAGCCCACGACAUCCCCUCCCUAGCAGGCAAAGCCAUCCUCAUCACCGGCGCCGCAGGUGACCUCGGUCGCCAAACAGCUAUUGACCUCAUCCGUCACGGGAAGCCGGAACUUGUCUACAUCGCGGAUCUCCCGCGCAGUGAGGAUGAGAAACGGGCGGUGCUUGAUGGUAUCCAUCACAAGGUCUAUGGACAUGAGCACUCCCGAGAUCCCGCCGACGACGGGACGCGAGUUCGAUAUCUUGAUUUGGACCUCGGCUCGUUUGAGAGUGUCAGACAGUGUGCAAGAGGUUUCCUCGAUGAGAAUCAGCGACUGGAUGUGCUGAUCUGCAAUGCGGGGAUCAUCCGUAUGACUCCCGGGACAACGGCGGACGGGUACGAGGCGCAUUUUGGGAUCAAUUAUCUCGGGCAUGCGCUUCUGGUUAGGUUGCUUGCGCCGGUGCUCCUUAGGACGGCGGAGAGAGCACCCGAGGCUGGGCCUGCGGCUGAUGUGCGGAUCGUUCUUGUUUCGAGCGAGGGCCAUGUUUUUGCGCCGGAGGGGGGUGUCGAGUUUGAUGCCGUCAAGACGGAUUGUGCCAAGAUGGUAUGUGCUUUCCCCAAAACUCAUCCAAAAGCUGAGAAGAAGACGGACGAUUCUAACCCUGUGCAGUCCUACUCAACCCGCUACGGCCAAAGCAAAGUCGCCCUCAUCGGCCUGAUGAAGAACCUCAGCCGCCAGUACCCCCAGAUCAAAUGCGUCGCCAUCCACCCCGGGCGAAUUCUGACGGGGAUGGCAAGGUCUCUCCAGAAAGAAAGUCUGCUCGCAUGGCUAACGAAACCGAUUGCGCCGCUCUUCUGCGUGCCCGUCGCUACGGGUAUCAGGAACCACCUUUGGGCUGCGACGAGCCCCGAGGUGGUGAGUGGGAGUUAUUAUGAGCCUGUUGGUGUACCGGGGACACUGUCGGCUGUUGCAAACGAUGAGGCUUUCUAUAAGCGGUUGCAGGACUGGACGGAUGAGGCGUUGAAGGGGGUUGAUGCCCCUAUACAGAUAUCAAGCUCUUGA